AUGGCAACCAUAGCAGCAAAGAAGGACAAUGCAGAGGAGGAGGAGCAGCAGCAGCAGCAGCAGCCAGUAGUUGUGGCCGAAACUCCAACGGCACCAACAGAAGCCACUGCACCACCACCAGAGGAGGAAGAAGAAGAAGAAUAUGUGGUGGAAAAGGUUUUGGAUCGUAGAAUUGUGAAGGGCAAAGUGGAGUUUCUGCUGAAAUGGAAGGGUUUCUCAAAUGAGGACAAUACAUGGGAGCCAGAAGACAAUUUGGACUGCCCUGACCUCAUUGCCGAAUUCAUGCGAAAGUACAAAGAGAAGGAAGACAAAAAGAAGGAGGGCAAAAGAAAAGGUGAUGCAGUAGGAUCAGAGGAGCGAGGGAGCAAGAGGAAGAAGGAUGAGGGUGAGAAAGUCCGAGGUUUUGGGAGAGGUCUACAGCCAGAAAGAAUUAUUGGUGCAACCGAUUCAAGUGGCGAGCUGAUGUUCCUGAUGAAAUGGAAGAACUCUGAUGAGGCAGAUCUUGUCCCAGCCAAAGAAGCCAAUGUCUCCUGUCCCCAGGUGGUCAUCUCUUUCUACGAGGAGCGCCUCACCUGGCACUCUUAUCCCACAGAGGAAGAGGAGAAGAAGGAAGAAGAGAAAAAGGACUAG